UUGCAUGAUCAUUUCAUGCACGAUAUCUUCGGCGUGUACUCGAGAACCCUGCCCAAAGUGUGCCUUAACAUCAGAGCAACAACCAGGAACACGUUUAAUGUGGCUUGCACUUCCGGAAAAGUGUCCAUAGCACACGUGACUACUGGACGGAGUCGACGGGUGUUAAAAGUAGAGCGGAGCGAGGUGAUUUCACAACUAGACUUCAAGAUGGAGCUGAAAACAAGUCUGUCCGUCUGCUUCGCCCUGUGCGUGCUACUUCUCUCAUUCCCAGCAUCAGAUGGAUGCUGCAGAGACCACGAUCCACCGGUUUUGGUGCCGGGAACAUGUCCUUCCUCUAUUACCGUGUGCCCAGACCCACACUCAUCCGGCAAGGUUGUCCGCUGGGCUGAGCCAAGAGCAACUGACAAAAGCCAUCCGAUCAGAAUUGACAGAGAAGAUAGCUGCCCACCCAACGGUGGUCUGUUCACUGUUCACGGUUCCCCUUACCACAUCGUAUACUCUGCAACAGAUAGCAAGGAGAACAAACGGAACCCUCUCUGUUCAUUCACAAUCACAGUCAGGUACGAUCUUCACUGCAAACACAAGUAAAGCUGUAUCUACGUCCAGCCUGUCUGCACAUCAGCGAUGGUUGCUUGAAGCAGAGUGCACUUUGCCUGAUGCCUGAGACGAGAAAAAGAGCGACAAAAUUAGACCAGUAAAUUAACUGCCAGUGACCUUCAGCUUGGGCUUCAGGUUACAAAGGGCCACCAUCAAAAUGUGUCGACUUUGGUUUAAAAUUUGGCAGAUGAAUAAAUUUCGGAAGUAACCUUCUUGAAAUUCAGCAAAACUCAUUUGCCAAUGGGAUAAACAUUCAUUUUGUAAUCAAGAAAUAGCAAGAAGCCGAUUAAAUUUGAACUGUUUCGUAAAUAUGACAGGCUUAGAAAUACUUUUCGGUAAUAUUGGAAUAUAAUUACUCAGUUUUACUCAGAGAGUCGUAGAGUGUAUGCUUGUUACAGCAUGUGCUGAGGCACUUUCCUGCUAUCAAUUUGUAAAUACGUUUCGAGCACUGAUGUACAAUGUUUAGCAGUUAAACACUGGCAUUUAGGAAUUGGAAGUAUAGUGUUCAGCUCCUAAACAUGUCUAUGAUGGGAAAGCGAGAUAUGGUUUCAUUCCGUAAACUUGUUUAAUGUGUAGCUAUCUUUGAAUUGUUUUUCUAUUUUUACUUUUGUGAACAGAUAAAAAUUCAAAACCAAAAACAAACUUAAUUGUCUUGAUUUUCCUGCAAGCACACCAGGUCAGGUCUAAGAUAUGGAAAAUUGUCUGAUUAGAACCCCCCCCAAAAAAAAAGAUAGAGGCAACUUCCCAUGGCAUUACCGGCAUAUUCGUUAGCAUCUUUUCCACGCGAAAAUGAACUUUUGUAACACUUUAUAAAUGACAUUUUCCUAAUGCCUUGCAAUAGACCGGAAUGUAAAUCGUACGACAACAGAAGGGCUCAAUAAUGGAAAGUGGCAUAUCUUUUUUACCGACAGGCAGAAAAGUAUGUAGGUAAAGAUGCUGAAAUCAAAAUA